GUCACAAAAAACCCCAAAACAAGUCAACACCAACAAAGGAAUCAAAUUAACCAAUAAUAUCACUCCGCGUGUCAGAAAUCCAUCGAACCCGCAGAUUUCUCAGGAUGAGAUAACAUCCAAUCAUUUUCAAAUUUCAAUCCAACUUACAUAGUUACAACUUACAACUUACAACUCCCCGUUAUCCCUGAGCAGCUCUCAGUAUCGUUGAAGAAAAAAAUGCUAGCAGAAAUGGCUCUGGUAAAACCCAUUUCCAAAUUCAACACCUUUACCCCAAGAAUCGGAGGCCCAAGAAGCCCGCCGUGCCGGAAAACCCAUUUCGCCGUGAAAAUGUCGUCCGCCGCGCAGUCGGCCGCCGUCACGAAGAAAAAGAGCCAGAAACAAGAAAUCAAGGAGACCCUUCUGACGCCGAGGUUCUACACGACGGAUUUCGACGAGAUGGAGCAGCUCUUCAACACGGAGAUCAACAAGAACCUGAACAUGGCGGAGUUCGAGGCCUUGCUCCAGGAGUUCAAGACCGAUUUCAACCAGACCCAUUUCGUGAGAAGCACCGAGUUCAAGGAGGCCGCCGAGAAGCUCGAGGGCCCUUUGAGGGGAAUCUUCGUGGAGUUUCUGGAGAGGUCGUGUACGGCUGAGUUCUCGGGUUUUCUUCUCUACAAGGAGCUGGGCAGGAGGCUCAAGAAAACAAACCCUGUGGUUGCUGAGAUUUUCUCACUAAUGUCUAGAGACGAAGCCCGACAUGCUGGGUUCCUGAACAAAGGUCUAUCAGACUUCAAUUUGGCUCUGGACUUGGGUUUUCUGACAAAGGCCCGAAAAUACACAUUUUUCAAGCCCAAGUUCAUUUUUUAUGCUACUUAUUUGUCUGAGAAGAUCGGGUACUGGAGAUACAUUACUAUUUACAGGCAUCUUAAGGAAAACCCAGAUUACCAAUGCUAUCCUAUUUUCAAGUAUUUUGAAAACUGGUGUCAAGAUGAGAAUCGACAUGGCGAUUUUUUCUCGGCGCUGAUGAAGGCACAGCCACAGUUCCUCAACGACUGGAAGGCUAAGUUGUGGUCCCGCUUUUUCUGUCUCUCGGUUUAUGUGACAAUGUACCUUAAUGACUGCCAAAGAACUGCUUUCUAUGAGGGGAUUGGCCUUGAUACGAAAGAGUUUGACAUGCAUGUCAUCAUUGAGACAAAUCGCACGACUGCAAGAAUAUUCCCCGCUGUGCUGGACGUUGAGAAUCCAGAAUUCAAACAGAAGUUGGAUCGGAUGGUGGAGAUCAACGAGCAAAUACUUGCAAUUGGGGAGAGUGAUGAUAUCCCAUUUGUCAAGAACUUGAAGAGGAUUCCUCUUAUUGCUGCUUUAGCUUCUGAGUUGCUUGCUGCAUAUCUCAUGAAACCUAUUGAAUCUGGUUCGGUUGACUUUGCCGAGUUUGAACCCGGGCUAGUCUACUAAUUAGCUUUAGCUGCUUGGAUUCAUUUUGCAGUGUAUUAUUGUGAAGUUGUAUAAAAGCACAGAGAAAAAUGUUGUAUGAAAUGAAACCUGUGUACUAUUGCCAUUUUGAUAAUGCUUAUAUGGUUUUCACUGUGAGUUUGUGUCAAUCAAAUUGCAAUGAGUUUUAUGUGUGAAUAACAUAUUCAUAUGUAAUUUUUUGAAUUGAUAUCUAUAAUUUGUUCGGAGUAUCUC